UCAGGGCGAGGACCCUCCAUCGAGUGGAGCUGGUCAGAAGAAUAAAAACGCCGUAUCAUCCGAUCGAGUUAAGUCUCCGCAGCAACGGGAAAAUGUCCAGCGCUAAAGUCAUAGAGAAUCCAGAAGUGCCGGGGCUCGAGUGCUUUCUGCCACCGCCCCCGCCUCCGCCGCCGCCGCCACCACCGCCUCCCCCGCCGCCGCCACCGUUGUCGUCUUUGGUGAGCAAAUCCACGAACGGCAAUGUACAGUUGACAACGACGCAGCAACAAUCGGCGACAACGAGCGGCGAGAAUGUGGCCACGGCACCGGUGGUCACGCCGGCUCUGGGCACGUUCCCGAACUCGGUGCCACCGAAUCCGUACAUGAUGCAUCCAACGAUGCAGCCGCAAACUCCCGGACCGCCGCCUUGGUGGAUACCCACCGACAAUGAUACCUCGGAGCUUUACAAUCCGUGGUACGAUCCGAGUUACAAGGGUGCGGCUACUGCUCCGGUAGCAUCUCCCGCGGUGACCCCGGUCGUGGGAAAAAAUAAGAAUAAGAAUUUUUACAAACGCAAAAACGAAUUCAUCGAUCCGGCACAGGAUGCAGAGAAAGUGGCGAGCGCGCAGAAGGAACUUUCGGCAUUGAUGAAACCGCUAAAAUGUGAUCUGUGCAACGCAGUCAUGAACUCCACGUUACAAGCGAAAUUGCACUAUGACGGGAAACCGCAUCAGAAAAAAGUAUCAAUGUUCCUCAAUCAGAGCGUUAAAAAACAGAAAACGGAAGACGGCCAAGUGAGCAGUACGACCAAUAACGACUGGCAAAACUACUGUGAUAUAUGCAAAACGUGGUUUACGUCGCAAACAGACGCCACGCAACACUACGCGGGCAAAAAGCACAUCAGGGCGGCCAAUGGCGGGCCUCGUGCGAGUAGGCCAUCGAAGAAGCUGCAGGUUCAGAAUCAGUACAAUCAGGUGGACUCGACGGGUCGCUUUGGAAUCGGAGUGUCCUUCAUGCCGGACGCGCAAUCUGCCCCGACCAUUACCUCUGAUGUAACCGUGGUGCCGAAUCCGGUCGCGGUGCCGAAUCCGGCUGCAGUGCCAUCAAUUUACGCGUCUCCGCCGUAUCCCACGCCGUUGCGCUGCGACUUGUGCGGAGUCUCGGCCAAUCGUCAGGAUCAGUUGGAGACGCACAAACGCGGAGCCCGACAUUUGAGAAUGCUCAGGCUCAACGGACUCCCUGUACCUGAACCCGGUAGUAUCGCUGCCGAAAUCGAGAAUACAUCCAGCGCCUCCGAGCCUAUAGACUAUUCUAUUUAUCGGACACCAUCAGGGCAGUAUUACUGCGCGCCGUGCAACCUGUCGUUAAACUCGGAGACGACGUUUGCUCAGCAUGUCGAAAGCAAGAAACACAAAAAUCAGUGUAACCCAAAGUUACCUAACGCCGUGGUAGCGACAAAGAAAUCCAGAUUCAAGAAAAAAUAAAAUUGUGACAAUGACACUACUUUCUAAUACAAUAACACAGCGUUUUUCAGCUCUUCUUUUUGUUGCUUCUCCAACUUCAAACCUUGCGUUCGUGUUGUCACGCUCUUUGCUGGUCACGAUUGUACAAUAUAAGCAGAUAUACACGAUAUUCUUUUUAAGCGCAAUAAAGUGAUUUAUUGGAGGUACAUGAAAAAAAA